AUGUUCUUAACAGCUCUACUACUGUGUCUGCUCCCAUGGGCAUUGGCACAAGUCGCGUACGACCCAGACGACAAUUCAAGGCCCAACAACAUUACCGGCCUCUACUAUCCGGUCUAUGGGUCAACUGGUUCGUACUAUAAUGGCUCCAUCACCUUCCAGCUGGAUCUGCAAGAUCGCAACCUGGACGACGACGACUCGGACGAGUACUCCGGUACUGUAUGCCACAGUUUCAUCGACAAAUCCAUAUCAUUUACCUACACCGCCAUGGCUGCAAUCACUAAAAACAGCCCUGAUUACCCAACUACCAACCCUGUCGAGAUCGACUUAUACGCCGUCGAUGAGGCUUUCAACUUAACGUGGUCUUCUGGGAUGAGAAAUUAUAGCGAGUACCAGACUUUUGAACUUCACUCCGCGAAUUCGGCAAUCCAAAAAAUUUGGGACUUCUCUCUACGAAAUUCCACCUCCCCGGGUUUCAAGGUAGCAGGACAACUUUCGAAGGAAGGCGUACAGACCCAAGCUCUCAAACUCAACCUCACUCACGCCUGUGGAGACGAGUCCGCGGCGGGUACACGCGACGAGGACGAAUACCUCUUCGAUGGGGGCCUAGUGACUCCGAAUUGGAACGAUUUUACUUGGGAGAGCUGGGCGGAUUCAGUCCCGUGGCCGAGCCUCGAGGUGGAGUUUGACAACAAUAAGGCUUCGAUUGAGAUUGGCGGGUUAUUUAGCCUUUUCACUGCGAGCACAGCUAUUGUUGGGCGCAUUACGAUCGCCUUUCUGGGGAACUUGGAUGAGUUGAGAUCUGAUGAGUUGCUGACGGGAGGAGAUCGGCCGGAGUGGAAUGGUACGCUUGGCUUCUAUGGGGAGGGUUUGGAUGCCAACUUAAGCCUGAGAGCUUGCAUAGUAAACGGUUGGUUGAUCUUAGGAUCUACGUUGCUGGCCAUGGGGCUUGGAUUCUGGUAG